GAGAUGUUGAGAGGUUGACAAACGGCAUGAAGCUUUGCAUUUCUGAAGAUAUCCGACUUAUGACCGAUGAUUGCACGUUAGAUAUAUCACAACAUUCUAUCCAAGAGCCUUGACCUUACUGUCAAGUGAUGAUUUUCCUCCUUCCUCUGCAGCUUGAUUACAAAGGAAAGAGGCGUGAACCACCUGCCAGUUAAACUAAUGCAUAUUAUUCAAUGACAUCAAGACAGAGAGAGAGCACUGGAAUGGAUCCAGACGCUUCCAAGCAUUAUAAAUUUCGUAAUAAAGAAAUCAUCCAAUUUCCUCCAGAGAUCAAUAUAAAACUCCUCAUCUCAGUCCCUUAUUCCAACUCACCAUGCUCUCACCAACCAUCCGGAACGUACUUGUCAAAGGAAGCCAAACCACCAAACAUACUCCCCGUCUCCUCUCUACAUAUAGAAAGACAACUUCAUUCAAGAUUCCCAUUCCAUUGAGUAUCCAAAGUCGCAAUAUGGCGUCGAAGAAACCCAAUUCUUCACCCCCUUCCCACGAUAUGGUCUAUUUUCCUCAAAUGACCUCGGAUCUUCCAGCUUCCUCCCAUGAAUUUCGUAGAGUACUUUUCACAGGCCUCUACUCCCAAGUCGUCCUCAUGACCAUCCCCGUCGGCGGCGACAUAGGUGACGAAGUCCACACAGUUGAUCAGGCUCUCACCUUUACUUCCGGCACUGGUCUCGCUACCAUCAACGGCAAGAAUCAAGAGGUUAGAAAGGGAGACUUGAUGGUUGUACCAGCGGGUACUCAACAUCAAUUUGUAAACACAGGGAAAGAACCAUUGAUUCUGUAUACGAUUUAUUCGCCGGCAGAACACGCGCCCACUACGGUGCAUAAGACGAAGGAACAAGGGGACAAAGAGGAAGAUGAAGGAAGAGAUGAAGCUCCGGCUUGGUCGAGAAGAAGCAAGCAGGAGAAUGAGAAAGAGGGAUUGGUGAAGUUGAGUGGGAAGUAUGAUUAGAAGAGGAUGGGAACGAGGAAUAAAUUAUGAGGUUAUGUUGAUGGGAGACUUGCGCGGUGAUAUUGAGAUAUAUCUCAGUUGUUGAAAAUUCAUAGGUAUAAAAGAAAUGAAGUCUAAACAACAAUCCAUAUUAUGUGUUAUAAUACCUUACCUUAUUUCAAUACUCUUCAAAUUCACUCUGAAAGUCUCCCUCA